AUGUCGACGGAGGCAAAAUCCGUUCUAGCCAUGCUAUCUAUACUUCUUCUAUUGUUUUGCGCUGUUGUCAGUGUCCUGUCAAAUCCAGCUAUAAGCCUGUACCAGUGUAAGACCGAUGAUGACGUCUGCACGACCAAAGCUGUGAAUUUGGCGUACCCAUUAAUUCUUGAAGCGAAUCCAGAAAUUGGAGCUGAAUCCAUCGAUCCCUUAUUCCAACAAGAAAUUGAGGGCAACCUCUCUAUUUUAAAGUUUAAGCUCUUUAAUACAACUGUUACGGGAUUCAAAUCAUGCAGUGCUGAGAACGCUAAAUACAACGAUGAGCAACAAACUUUGCGGGUUGACAUUUUAUGCGGAGCAUUCACUUUGAGCGGUACUUAUGACAUCAACGGCCAACUUAUUGUACUACCGGUCCAAGGAAAUGGAGAUUAUGUCCUUACAACAAAUAAAUACCGUCUGAUCGUCGAUCUGGAGUUGAAAACAGUAACCGGCAAAGAUGGCAAGACCUAUAGAGUAGUUAAAAACUUCAAAGUGGAAGCAGAUCCCUUGGAACCUGUUAACUAUGAUUUUAGAAACCUAUUUAAUGGACAGAAAGAUCUAGCCGACACCGUUCUGAAGUUCGCAAAUGAAAACUGGAGGGAAGUCGCUCAUGAAGUACAGAUUCCAGUCUUUAUGGCAAAUAUAAAGAAAAUGAUUAAAAACGCUAACAAGUAUUUGAAGACUGUGCCCAUGGACGAAUACACGCCACAGUGA